GUCACUUUCUUCUACCCUUGCGGCUUAGUUUUCUCAUUGUUCUACCCUUUUGCAAUUCAGUCACUAAUGCCAUCCAAAUCGAGACUAGUGCUUUCAUCGAUUAAUCUCACUCUACGCUACUAUGAUGCCAACGACGGUCCAGUGUUUACAGAUUGCAACGCGUUUAUCUUCAUUUACGGUUCAUUUGCUUUCAUUCGAUUCCUAGAACGGCGAAUCGAGCUGUUUGUGAAGUGACUCCAAUGAUUCAAUCUUAGGUUAGCUAACUAUCUAGAGGUGCCUUGUUUUUAUUUCACGCAGUGAAUAAUGGAUGUGCUGCCACUUCUGACUUCUUCAAUAUCUUGUUUUUUUUUUUCUGCCGGCCCGCUCCGCAUUGUCUUUGCGGAAACAAAACCCAAAUUUCCCCCAAACCAAAAUCGAGGCCAACCCCAAAACGUCGGAAAAAUGGCUGCAACUUCGUCUCUGUUCCUCCGCUUCUCCCCAUCCAAAACCCAAACCCUACAACCACCGUCAAAUCCAAAAUCCAGCCGCCACCGCCAUUGCUCCUCUGCCUUCCUACCACCUCUUCCACCAGCCACCACCAUCUCUCCAAUUCACAAUCUCCGCCUCGCCCACCGCAAACAAAUCACCACCGUCACCGCCCGCCUCUCCGGCAACAGCAACACCACCACGCCGGCCACCGACCGCCUAAUCGCCGCCGUCGCCUACACUCUCCCAUUCUUCAACUCCCUCCAGUACGGCCGCUUCCUCUUCGCCCAGUUCCCUUCCGUCUCCGCCCUCCUCUUCGAGCCCCUCGUCCCUUUGCUCUCCCUCUACCGCUCCCUUCCCUACGCCAGCUUCGUCGCCUUCUUCGGCCUCUACCUCGGCGUCGUCAGGAACCCGAAUCUCAGCGACUACGUCAGGUUCAACGCGAUGCAGGCGCUCACCCUCGACGUCCUCCUCGUCCUCCCGCUCCUCUUCGGCAGGAUCUUCAACCCGGGUCGAUCCGCCCUCGCCGUGAAGUUGAUUGUCUGGGGUCAUAACGCCGUCUUCUUGUUCACCUCGGUAUGCUUUGUCUAUGGCUUGGUGAGUAGUCUGUUGGGGAGAACCCCUUAUCUUCCUUUUGUUGCUGAUGCUGCCCGCAGGCAGAUGGGGUAGUUCUUGGUUCCAGUUCUGCUUGUCUUCGAAUGUUCUCUCUCAGUUAUCGACUCCAUUUUCAUCAUGAUAAUCAUGUAAACCAGAAAAGGAGGAAACUUGCAUCAGAUUGUUUUGGAUUCGAUUUCUCUUCUCAGGGUUCUGAAUGUGUAAUGAACAGAGAGGAAGAUGGUUGAAAUGUUAAGGCAUUUUGCUUCUUUUUUUUGUUUGCUGCACCUAGUGUUGUUCUGUGUCUGUGAUCAAUGUGGAAUGUUGGUAUCUGAAAGGGAAUCCAAGAUGGCAGUCUAUGUCACCCAGUUUCUUUGGAUGAGUUUCAUGCCUUACAUUGUUAUCUGUAGUGCUCGUACACAGCUUAGCUUACUUCCAUUGUUUGAACUCGAGGAAACUGGAAAGACAAGUAACCAUUUUCGAGGUUGCUAUGUUACUAUGUAUGAGCUGAACGAAUCAUUACAUGACACUAUCGAGUCCUGUUUGUAAUGGCUGAUCUUGCAUAACCUCAUUUAUAUGAAAUGAAAGCAAGAGCUCAGU